AAGGGCCAAAACUAGUUAAAAAGUUAUCGUCAAAAACUGAUAUAAAAAAGAUGUCCGAAUAUUCCCGCAUAUAAAUAUCUAUCAGACAAACUCUUUUGUACAAUAUACUUUGAAUCCGAUAAAUUUUCGAUCUUCAAAAUCCAUAAAAAUCUCUCCUUUAUUUAGCCCUAAAACAGAGUAUUAGAGUUUGAUUCGUAAAAGAGAAUAUUUUUAAUCUCCGCCGCAAGUCGAUGUCGAUAACGAUUCCCUACGAUGGCUCAAUCUCCCGCGAGCCAUCACCGUCUCCACCGCCGCCAAAAGCGAACACGAAGAAUCUACCGACGAAGAUUCUCUCUAACUUCCUCAUAGGUCUAAUCAUGAUCCCUGUAGCUAUAACCGCUUUUAUCUUUAUCCUCACGUCUCUCGGUUUCACCUUCUUCUUCGCUUUCUACUGGUUUCUUCAACGAAACUAUCGCCACCGUCUCCGCCGCCAUCGCCGUCACGAAUACUCAGAUGGGUUAUCUCCAAGAUGCGUGAAGAGGCUUCCUCAAUUCAAGUAUUGUGAGCCUAGUUCAGAGUACGGAGGCGAUGAUUGUGUUGUUUGUAUCGAUGGAUUUAGACAAGGACAGUGGUGUCGGAAGCUGCCUCGAUGUGGACAUGUGUUUCACCGAAAGUGUGUGGACUUGUGGUUGAUUAAAGUCUCGACUUGUCCGAUUUGUAGGGAUAGGGUUUAUAGAUUUGAAGAAGGAAGAAGAUGGAGACCACAAGGUGAAAUUUUUUGAUCGGUGGUUUUAUAAUUAGAUUUGAAAGUGUGUUUAGUUUGUUAUCAUAUUUAGCAGCAAUUUUGGUUUUCAUCAAUAGUCAUGUACAGUGUCUUUUUUUUUUUUUUACACGGCUUCACAAUUGAAAGCUUGUUUCUUCACCGUUUGAUGAAUUUGAUCCAAUAAGAGAAUGAUGGGUUUCUGUAGAAUUUAACUUAGUUUGAGGUUUGAUUAUCAUGCCAAUUAUUAAAUUCAAUCUAGUCAAUUACUGAUAGAAAUGUUGUCCAUUUGUCACUUUAAACAUGUUGCUUAUGUUACCU